CUUGUGACCAUUAGAUACAACCCGAAACAAGAGAAUAAAAAACAUCUUUUUUUUUUCUCUCUCUCUCUUUUGAUUAUUUCCGAUUAUUGCAACAACAAAAAAUGACUAAAGAUCAAGUAGAUCUCGUGAGUUCUCAACCAGAGUUUGAUUUCAAGAUCAACCAGCCACCCAAGAACCGACCUGUCAGAAUCUACUGUGAUGGUAUUUACGACUUAUUCCACUUUGGUCAUGCUAAAGCACUAGAACAAGCCAAAAAGUCCUUUCCAAAUGUCCACCUUUUAGUCGGAGUCUGUGAUGACCGAGAAACACAUGCUCGUAAAGGUAAGACGGUGAUGACAGACCUAGAACGUUAUGAGUCUGUGCGUCACUGUAAAUGGGUAGAUGAAGUGAUUGAAUCUGCACCUUGGGUCAUCACCCAAGAGUUCUUGGUGGCGCAUGCCAUUGAUUAUGUCGCACACGAUGCUGAACCUUAUCAAUCUACUGAAUCGGGUGAUGUCUAUGCGUUUGUGAAAUCUCAAGGAAAGUUCUUACCGACCAAACGUACAACGGGUGUUUCCACUUCAGAUCUCAUUACACGCAUUGUGCGUGAUUAUGAUGAAUUCUUGAAGCGAAAUUUAGACCGUGGUGUGUCUGCUAAAGAUUUGAAUAUAUCGUAUCUCAAGGAGCAACAAAUGAAAAGAAAAGAUCAAUUGGAAAAAGUAAAGCAUACGGUGAUGGAUCAAUUGGAAUGGUGGGAGUCUCAAAGUCAUCACAAGAUUACAGAUGUAGCCAAGCUCUUUGGAUUCGAGCUAUACGUGGUACGUGUGAUGUAUCUCUACUCUCAUCAAUGUUAUUCAUAAAAAUUAUUAGGGUAACUUUUUGGCUAAAUCUCGGUUCAUCACACAUACUGGUGAUGCUAAACACGAAUACCAUUAAAGUUUUUUUAUUUCUUCUUGCAAUUCAUCAUCAAUGUAGGAUUCGGAUUUCCAUAGGGCGAUACAUCCCGCUAAAUGUUGUCUUGUUGCAAAUCCUUCUCCGCACACGGUGCCUCUUAUGCAUUCCUGGGGAAAUUUAAGAUUAAAAAAUAAAUAAAUAAAUAGACAGACGCUUUUCUUAAA